AAGACAAAUUAAAUGAAAACAGAAACAGCAACAACAGUCUCGAAACGAACACUCUGUUGAUCACGUCACAUCGAAUUCGAUUAACUGUUUGUCAGUUGUUUCUUUUUUGCUUUCUUGUGGGAUUUAGCGAGUUUACAAUUUUUUUUCUUCUCUUCGUUCUGUUCGGGCAGUCUUAAAAACGGUGGUAGCUUUUUCACCGAUUAUCCAAGUGUGAUUGAAUCCUGUAUCGAUUGAUACACACCGCAAAUAGUUGUGAGACAUGACGGGAUAGAAAAAAACACAUAUUUAUAUAUAUACAUAUAUAUAUCUCAAGGAUACAGCGAACUUGAAAUACGUUAAACUAUAAAUGAUUCAUUGGUGUGAUCGGCAAUGAUCGAGUCAAAUGUAUAAAAAAAAACUAAUUGAGAGUUGCUCAAAAACGAAAGCUGCCGUUGACAAUUGAUAAAGUGCAAAAUAAAAUCAAAAAAGCAAAUCAGUUACGGUUGUGAUCGACUGACAAAAAGCGGUAUCGUGUGUUCUGUUCGUCUGCAAUAAGAAGGAAGUAUUUCAAAGGAUUAUCAAUACGUUGGAAAAAUUAAUUUGUGAUCAAAACAUUUGAUCUGCGAUUAAGUGCAACAGCAAGUUAGUUCAAUUAUUUGUGGAUGCAAGUGGAUGCAAUUUACAGUUGCAGUUGUCAAAGACAUUUUUAUUGAGUGUGAAUCAGAAAAAAAAUAUUCGGCGGAUAAUGCGAAAAUUAUCUAUGUGUCUGCGUUAAACCGAACGGAAUUGUGUUUAAUCAUCGCAUACUUUGAGUUUAUAGACACAUUUUGAACUGACAUCGAAACUAUUCGAUUCUCCGUCGCCUGAAUUUCUGUCGAAUCGAAUUGAUCGCAAUUGUCUAUGCCAGAAAACACACUUUUCUCAUUCGAUCGGAACGCGCGAAAUUUUUCACAACCAAUUGUCAGGGAAAAAAAGCGUGUGUGAAUAAUAAAAGCAUCUUAUAACCCCAAUAGAAACGAAUAUCACGAGAACAAACACCACAUUUUUUACAUACAGAGAUACAAAUUAGUAAACGAACAAAAUUCGAUGAAGAAGAAUUUCCAACAACAAUAACAGGAAGAGUGAUUUUGUACAGUGCAACAAAAAAUAUUGCUUGUAAAAUUAUCGAGCUAUUGAAAACCAUACGAAUUUAUCCGGUGUGUUCAUUGUCAAUGGUGUGCAAUGUUGUCAGAAUGAUAAGGAAAAGAGAGCGAUAAAUCGAAACACACAAAAAUCUAGCCGUAACACUUUUGAAGCUGUGCAGUGACGACGAGUCAGGAAUAAUUGUCACCCUGAUCGAAUAAGUGCAAAGUCAAUGCAAAAGACAAGCAAUAACAAAUAAUGACAACGGUAAAAAAGUCACUGAAAAUUAACUAAAAAAAUGCAGAAUUUCGACCGGAUUCAGCGACAAAGUUUCAUUAGCAGCCGCAAAGUUAAGUGACUAAAGUUGGAAAUUGAUUUUGAGGAGAGAGAGAGAGAGGGAGAGAGAGAAAGAGAGAGAAAAAAGAAAACUUUUCGACAACAUUUUGAUCUCUUGUUUGAUUCAUUUUGAUCUUGACGAAACCAAGAGACUUGUGAAAAUUCAACCAAAUAAGAAGUGCUGCAGCUGCAAGUGAGCUGAUAAAUUGAAGAAAACAAGAAAAAAAAGUGCUAGUUAAAAAAAGAAACUCAAGCUAAAAAAGCAAUUUUUGUUAAAAGUUCAUUUUUUUCCCUAGUGAGUGAGCGUCAAGAAACACAAGCAUUCGAAUUGAGUAUUGAGACGCGCCUUUCAUUUUGGAUUUAUUUUUGAUGGAAAGUAAAUGUUGAUUUCAUUAAUCGGUGAAGUGAUAUCGCAAUGGCAGUAUCCUGCCCAGAAGUAGCAAUGUACGGAGCAUAUUAUCCAUAUUUAUAUGGUCGUGCUGGCCCGAGUAGAUCAUUUUAUCAAUAUGAAAGGUUCAACCAAGAUUUGUAUUCGACGUCAGGAGUGCCGCUCACAUCAUCUAGUGCAUCCGUUAGUUCACAUUCACCAUGUAGCCCGAUUUUACCACAAUCGGUAGCAUUAAAUGCUACACAAACCGGCGGUUCAACGACAAUACCAACCAUACCGUUAGGUUCGUUGCAUCGAUCGAUAGCCAAAGAAGAGGAUUUAAGUAGUGUAACUAGGCAAAGUGAUAAUGACGGAACGAAUUCAGGUGUACAUAAUGAUAGUUCGUGUUCAUCAGGUCCAGAUUCGCCGCAUACAUCGAAAGAUCUGCAUCUAGACGGUUCGGGUACACCAACGCGUGCUCAAUACUUAUCAGCAUCGUGUGUUGUGUUCACACAUUAUUCAGGUGAUACGGCUACGGUGGUCGAUGAACAUUUUUCGCGAGCAUUAAAUUUUAGCAAUAAGGAUAGUAAAGAUGGAUGUAGUUCAUUAGCGAAUAGAAAUUUACCAGCCUCCUUUUGGAAUAGCAAUUAUAUACCACCUGUACCAGCUCCAACUCAUCACCAAGUUCCCGAUUUAUAUUCAACUGAUGGUAGCUACACAACUGAUCCAUGGGUACCACAUGCAGCACAUUAUGGUUCAUACGCUCACGCCGCUCAUGCACAUGCUGCCCAAGCACAUGCCUAUCAUCACAACAUGGCACAAUAUGGUAGUUUACUUCGAUUACCUCAACAUUACGGCCACAGUUCUAGACUUCACCACGAUCAACAAGCCGCACAUGCUUUAGAGAGUGCAGCAGCCUACUCAAGCUAUCCUACGAUGGCCGGUCUUGAGGCUCAAGUGCAGGAAUCUUCAAAAGAUUUGUAUUGGUUUUAAAAGCAGCAGCUAACAAAAUCAUCACCAAAGAUUUUAAAUUAUUUUGAAAACAAACGACAAAAAAAUGGACUAAAUGGAAUGGUAACACAUUUAAAAAUGGAAAGAUGGUGACGCGCAUGGUUUCACACACUAAUCGCAACACAUCCACAAGAUGAAGAAGAAGCAAAACAAAGAAAAUCACACACACACACGCAAAUCUACAGACACCCCGUUCCUCUCUCAGAAACAACACACACAGACACGAUGAAAGUAUUACAUAAUAUUUUUUCAAGUAAAUACUAAGGCUAUGGAAAAACAAGAGAGCGGCCAAUAUUUACACAAACAAAUCUAUAUAAAAAACCAACAACUGGAAUUGACCAUCAAAACCAACAUACAAUUAAAUUAAACUUAGACUCAUGUACAAAUCCGAAUCGGUCAGAAUCAACAAAUCAUAACGUUAAAAAAAGGAAUGAAAGAAAAAAAAAACUAGAUAAAAAAACACUUACAGAUUUAUCAUAAGCAUUAAGAAUGGAACAACAAAAAUUUGUGUAAAUGAAUGAUGACAAAUCGAAUUGAAUCACGCAUAUUAUGUAUUUUGAGUAGCUUUAAAUUUUUGUUCGUUUCAAUUUUAUGAAUUAAGUGUAAUUGCUAUACAUAUUUGAGUCUCACACACUAUCUCCCACUCAUUGACGCAUCCCUUUGAAUUCGAUAGAGCAGAGAAAACACACACCACUUUUAAACUUUCUGCACAAUCUUCAAUACCUUUUCUCAAAUCAAUCCAAUUCAAAAAGUUGAACAAAUUCGACGUUUCGUAAAGGAAAUGGAUCAAAUCAAUUUGAUUUGGGUUCAUACUCCACAAUUGCAAACAAUCAAUGUGCUAUUCGCAAUCAACAGUUCACUUAAACUUUUCUUCCCCUUUAUCUUUCUCUCAUUUAUUUUUCGUUCAACUCGUUCGAUUGUGAAAAGUGAAUGGGGAAUGUGACACAAAAAGAAUGCCCAGAGUAAUCGUUGAUAAGAAGAAGAGAAGAAGAAUAAUCAAUCAAACACAAUUCGAAUUGCGACGUGACUAAACAAAUUGUCGAUCAACGGUAUAAAAAAAAUUAUUGAAGAAAGCAUGAAGAAUCAUUUUAAUAGGCAACUUGGAGGAUAAUUUGAUUUUAGCAACAAAUCAGAUGAAAAAAAAAAUUAAUGAAAGGGAAAAACAUGGUGAAAACAAUACACAUAAAUCGAAAGAAAGAAGUUGAGAUAUUAAAAAAAGACACUGAAUGAAGAAGAUCAUAUAACUAAUAGGUUACAUAAUUAUGCAUUAAGCGCCAAUAAGUUUAGAUAUUCACGAUUUCUAAUUUUAACUAUUCAAA